GUUGCAAGCAUGAGAAAAAAAAAAAGAAAAUUGUCGUUACUAGCGAAUACAAGGAUAUGCGGGUAUAAAAGCUGAUUUAAAUGCUAUGUCGGUUGGCUACAUGCCAAUUCAACUAUGGAGUAAAUACCAAACCUUUUAGCAAGACGGAAUGAACCGAAUUGUGGUUUCAUCAUGGCCCUUUUUUGUUCUACUCGUCGUGAAUACGGGAUUGCGCACCAACACUCUGAAGGUGAUUGGAGGAAAGAGGACUGUGAUCCUGGGUGAAGAUGCUGACCUUUUCUGCAGAUUGUCUGAGGCUGAGGAGUUUGAUCAGAUAACAUGGCAGAAAGAGACCAGGGAAAAUCCCAACAAACAUAAUUUCUUUGUCAUUCAACCCAAUGGGAUUACUAAAGACGUGGAUGGGUUGAUAGGUAGAGUUCUGUUUAUUGGGAACACAUCAGAUUAUCUUGGAUCGAUUCGAAUAAGAAAUGUCAUGCUGUUGGAUGAAGGCACCUACACAUGCAUCUUCAGUGUUUCCAGUGGACCAAUCCAAACAGAGAUGUCUCUGACUGUGAUUGUUCCUCCAGUGAUGUCAGUGACAGGUCACGUCUCUCCUGUUGGGGACAAUGAAGUCGUCUUGGUAACCUGCAUUGCUGCAGCUGCCAAGCCAAAGGCAGAAGUAAUUUGGGACACUGGUGCUUUAAACAAAUCAUUGAGGUGGGUGACAAACUCCACCCAGCACGCCAACGGCACCAGUACAGUACUCAGCCAGCUUAUUGGGCUCCCAACCAGAACAGCCAAUCAGAAACAGGUUCAGUGUGUGGUCAACCAGUCUGCCCUGGAAGAAGAAAGAACCCUCUCCUACACCAUAGACAUCCACUAUCCACCUCAGACAGUAAACAUUAACGCAUCCUCCCAAGACAAAUACUUCCUGUGUGUUGGAGAUGGCAACCCAAAGCCCAACUACAUCUGGAGCAGAGAUGUCCAGCCAUGGCCUGGGUCUUCAGUCAGAACAGAUGGAGACACGCUGCAUCUCCUCAGUCUCAGCUCUGAUCUGAAUGGUCUCUAUGUCUGUGAGGCUUCAAACCUGUAUGGUAGUACAACUGGAUCCCUCUAUAUACAUAUAACCUCAGAGAUCUCUCCUGCCUGCUGGGUUCUACUUUUUGUCAUCUUAUGUCUGAUUGUUGCUGCCGCCAUUUUCUUAUGGUCCUGGUACAGAAAUGGGAAAUUGCCUUGUUCAGUGGCCAGUGCACCAGCACAGACAGAUCAAGACUAUGGUGGCGUGCCCAUACGACAACGUGUGACAGAAGACGAAGAGGAAGAGGCGGAAACAUGACGUUGGAAUCAAACCUUCUAAUUUACCUUUUUGCCAGACCACGUAAGCCUAGAAUAGUGAAUGUAUUUUACUGACUCACUGAGUGGUGGGGGAAAACUUAUUGAAAACAUCAGUCAAUUUAACACAAUGCUGAAUGGUGUCUAGCGACUAGUAAAAAGUGUAGACUAGUAAAACAUGUAGUGGUUAAACUGUGUCACGUGGGAGACCCAAGUUCCAAUCCAGUGUGGAUGGUGGUAUUUAAUCAUUUUAAUUGCGGGCCGCAAUAAAACUGUUCACGGUUAUAGUGCAACUAUUUCUUGUAGAUAUUCCAAGCAGGCAUCCUGGCGUGCUUUUUACCUUGGGAGAUGGAUGUGUAUACGUCGCUUAGUAAACAAAGAGUUAGCAUUCGCUAGCUAGAAACAACAUGUCCUAUUUAGUCAUGGAUAUUUACCUAGAGACUCGGACAGCAGCUGAGAUGGAGUUCGAUGAUGAACCAAUUAAUCCACAACACUUGCCCAGAAUGUCCGGUGUUUGGUGGUCUAGUUGUGAAUCAUGUGAUCUAAUGCUGACCGAAACGUAAUGCCUGUUGCAACGAGUGGGAACUGUUAAUGCCAAUGUGAAAUAUUGUGAAAAAUAUUGUCCUGGUAGAAUCUGUAAUCACUGUAAAUGGUCUAAUAUCAAUUGGAUAUGACCCCUCAUAUUUAUAAAAACAUCUGUCAUUUCCUCCUGGAGCCGGGGCCUGCUUGUAAAUCACAAUCUGUAGUGGUACGUUUUUAUUGUCAGGUUUAUUGUGUCACAUUUUAACCAAUCUGAGUAGAUUCUGGAACUUGUAGCUUUCCUCAAGCAACUACAGUGGUGCUCAAAAGUAUUCACCCCUCAUGGACUAUUUUUUAUUUUAACAUGAAAUCAAAAAAUACCAUAAUGUCAAUGUGGAAAAUAAAAUCUCUUAAUUGUUUUAUAUUAAUUACCACUAUAAUGUUUGUCACCAUUGACAUUAGAUACAGACCCUCUGUACCAAUGUUUGCCCUGCAUGGUUUUAGACACGCCCUUCUCAUAAUCAUUUAAGCCAGUGGUUCCCAACCAGGGUUACUAAAACCCCUGGGGGUACUUGGCCUUUCCAUAGUGGGUACUUAAACACGUUCAUGACACCAUAAUCUUCCUAGUAUAAUUAACAUGAGGGGGUACUUCAGGGGUAAUCCAAGCAGAACAAAAUUCUGCCGAUAGUACAGAGACUGAAAAAGGUUUGGAACUACGUCUGGGAAAUAGUUGAAUCUGGGAUUCCCAAAAGUGCCUCUACCAAAAAUAUAAUUCUCUGGAACAACUCUGGAACACUUUAUUUUUCACCUUGACAUUAUGGACUUGUUUUGUGUUGAUUAGUGGCAAAACAUCCAAAUUUUUAUCCAUUUUGUAAUGUUCCAUCCUUGAAUUAACUCAGACAACUUCAGACUAUCUUCGUUUUGGCAACUUUAUAUUAGACCCGGUUUCUAUACAAUAACAAAAAUAAAACAUUCUCUCAGUAGCUAGUUAGUGUACUUCUAAUAUACAAAAAACAACAAACUCACUAGAAGCUCACGAUCUCCACUGCACUCCAAUGCAUUCCACUGCACUCUACUGCACUCUGUGAUGUUCCCUAUGACCUGACAUUCUUAAAGAGGUAGUGCUGCAUUUCCCAGAAUAUAUAUCUCAACAGAAAAAAACAACACCUUCCUUUACAAGAAUAAAUGCCUUAUAUGGCUUGUCUUUUCCCCCUAAAAUAAUUUUUGCUCAGCUGUAAACAUUUCUUGGUCUAUUUUCUAGGGCGCAACAGUAACACAAUAAAAUAAAAAAGACUUAUGGGGUCAAUACUUUUGGGAGCCACUGUACCACCUGCAUUUGAAAUGUAGCACAAUGAGAACAAUGUAGGCUAAUACUUGAGCAUAAUGAACCUUUGUCAUUAGUGUAAGUUACCAACCUAUAGUAUCUCAUUGUUAUGGUACAGACAUGGGAAAUUGUCUUUGUAAAUGUAAUUUAGUGAAUUAAUAUGCUCGAGCACAAUGCACCAGGUUGAAGCUGCUAAUAUACUUCACGCUAAGUACAUGUACACAUUGUUUAUCUCUGAAUCAAAGCAUGAAAUUAUGGGUUAUUAAAAUGCUAUUUAAUAACUGGAGCUCCUUGCUUCAGAACCAGAUAGGUUGAAGACUAACCAAGACAAACAUGUUUCUGUGUGACUGAAAUAGCAAACCUGUUAACCUGCAUUUCUUUCAUUUUGACCAAUAUGUUAAACCUUCAGUUUUUGUUCUGGCAGUCGCACAUUUACUUCUUUAUAGACAUUUUAUUGGCCAGAGAAAGUAGCCUUGUUGCAGCACAUGACAUGGAAGUCCCAGCCCAUUCUCUCACAUCAAAGUGUAAUAUAAUUACUGUGGGAACAUAUCAUGCAAUUUAAUACAGAAUACAUACCAUGCACUUUAAUACAGACAGAGGUGAACUUGGCAGAAAGCGCUGAUGGAAAGUCCCCAAAAGGCCCCCUUAGAACAUGAGAUCAUUGUAAAAUGGCUUUGCUCACCAAAACAGCUUUAUAAGGAUUUCUGCCAAGUUCAACUCUGUUUAGUGUUAUUGCUGGACCGUGUAAGCAGAGCUGACCUAGAAAAGCGAAUAUCUCUUACUGACGAAAAGGUCUGUUAUCGUCACCUAUAUAGAUACAGUACUUAUUGUAUCAAUGUCAUUCACGAAUGGCUAAUAAGCUGUUAAAACAGCCAGUGAUGAAAGCCAUACAGUUCAUAGAUGUUAUUUGUGGUGGAGGUAAACUUAAUAAGAAACAUGACUCCGUUUAACACAAUGCUUAAUUAACAAUGCUUAAUUAACAGCUAAUAGGACCUGUAGUUCUCUAGUCCGCAUUUCUAACCACUAUGCUAUUUAACAAAGGGUAGUCACUCACUCACACAGUCAGUAAGACACAUUCCCUCUUCUAGGCCAGCAAAAGUACAACUCACAGGAUUGUACAGUAUGUGUACAGAAGCAUAUUUCUAUGAACUCUUACAAUUCAUAGAGUUAAGGCAACUUAAUGUCAGUUUACUUUUGAAAACUGCUAUGUUCUGCAUUUUUUAAAUAUGAACUGGGGAUGAGGGUUCACCUGUCUCCUAAGAGGACUAUGUUCAGACAUGAGAGAAAACCAGCUUGAUGUAGCACAGGGAUGUUCUAAAAUUUAGUUUAUCAGCAGUGCUUUUUCUGUUUGUUUCUUUUUAAUGUUUGUGAUGUCAUGCAUAUUCCCAGUGUUGCAUAUGGUUUUAUUUUGCUAACAGGCUCUCAUAAAGAUAGAUGAGUUGGUUUUAGAGACACAUAAUAUAUGCUAUCUGCACACUUAUAUAAAUAAUUGUUUUGGGAUUAAAUUCAAUUUUUGUCAUCAAGAACCCAUGUUCUGUGAACAAACCAUGGAAAAGGAAGAUAAGAGAGCACCAAACUUACUCCUGAAACCAAAACUGUCAGAUUCGCUCUGUACACUUGUCACAUGACUAAUUACAAUACAGAGAGUGGAUUGUAAGCUAAAAUGGCUUUAUAAAACAACAGUGUGUGAUGGUGCUGCUUGCUCCACCUUGCGGGAGUUCUAACCGCUCCCUGGAGCAGAUGGCAGCAACACACCCAUCACACACACACACACCUGUUUUGAGUUAGUUAUUAGGAUGUCUAAAUUAGUUCCUGGUUUUUACCUGCACCUCACAAGUUAUUGUGUCUGUUUGUUGGACCUUGUGGUAACAGCUUUAUUAAAAUAGAACUAAACGUUUUUCUCCA